AUGUCUGAUCGAGGCAUCGCCGCUGCUGUCGGACAGUCAUUCUCCGCCUCUAACUCCGAGAGAGGGUUGUCUUUAGGAGCAUGCAUAGACCAUCCUAAGGAGUUGGGGAACCCAAAAUGUGGACCCUUCGGGCAACGACAGUCUGGUCCAAACAUAUCAAGUUGGAACCACCUCCUAUAG